CACAUGAAAUAGACAUAAGUGACAUUAUCACAUUCGUAUGUCCGUAUGCAGUAUAGAAAAUAAAAUAACAAAAGUCCAAAAAAAAGGGAAGGCUAAUAAGAAUUUUUAACUCGUUUAUAUGUUAGUUUUUGUGUGUUUUCAUUAUAAUAAUAAAUAAUAUUUGCGUACACGUCACAUGGAGAAUGGCUUGGAUGAAGCAAUUUCAAUUGCAUUAAAUCGUGUUGUUGAAUAUAAAAUAAUCAAGUGGAAUCGCAGCAUUAAGAACGUAUUUGCGUUUUACAAUCGAAAAAUCGCACAAAAUUGUGAUUAUUUUUUUAUGACAAAAUGUCAGGUAAAAAUAAAGAUAAGCCAAAUGGCAUGAGUUCUUUUGGCAGUGCUCGGGAUGACAACAAUUUAUCAAAUGGGUUAGCAACGGAUUUAGAGAGUGAAGAACGUUUGGCCAUUAUUUUCAAGCGUUUAGAUCGAAACGGCAAUGGACGAAUCGACAUUCAAGAUUUGACGAGUGCUCUAAAAGGAGUUGGCAUGUCCACACAAUAUGCAGAAAAAUUCUUAAAAGAGUCUGAUAGCAAUAAAAGUGGUGAUGUCGGUUUAAAUGAAUUCAUCAAUUACGUUCGAGAGCACGAAAAGAAUUUGGAAUUACAAUUUUCGCACUUAGAUAGAAACAAAGAUGGGUCUGUGGAUCUGGAGGAACUGAUCUUAGCAUUUAACGAACUAGGAAUUGACAUCUCCGAAGCUGAAGCAACAAAAUUACUAGAACGAAUGGACCAGGACAAGAGCCUAAAUAUUUCCUAUGAUGAAUGGAGGGAUUUCUUGUUAUUGGCACCAUCGUCUGACUUGCAUGACAUUCUUCGAUUUUGGAGACAUUCCACGUGCAUCGACAUCGGUGAGGAUAUGAAUGUUCCUGAUGAUUUCACAGCAAAUGAAAUGGCAAGUGGUAAAGUGUGGAGACAUCUGGCUGCUGGUGGUAUUGCAGGCGCGAUUUCGAGAACAUGUACAGCGCCAUUAGACAGAAUAAAGAUUUUUCUUCAGGUACAAUCAACAAAAGCGGGCAUUUCCGAGAGUUUUCGAUACAUGCUAAAAGAAGGUGGAGUAUCCAGUUUUUGGCGUGGAAAUGGCAUAAAUGUACUGAAAAUAGCACCAGAAAGUGCCUUGAAAUUCGCUGCAUAUGAACAAAUUAAACAAUUGAUUCGACGAAAUGAAAAUAGACCAAUGAGUAUUUAUGAACGAUUUGCAGCUGGUGCUGCUGCCGGUGGAAUUAGCCAAACAGCUAUUUACCCAUUGGAAGUGCUAAAAACACGUUUGGCACUACGAAAAACGGGUCAAUAUUCCAGCAUUUUAGAUGCAGCCUUUAAAAUUUACGGAAAUGAAGGCAUUCGUAGCUUUUAUCGGGGCUAUACACCAAACCUACUCGGAAUUAUACCGUACGCCGGCAUCGAUUUGGCUGUUUACGAAACGCUUAAAAACAAAUACUUAAGUCAAUACGAAAAUGAGCAGCCGAGCUUUUGGGUAUUGUUGGCAUGUGGCAGUAUGUCAUCAACGCUCGGACAAGUCUGCUCCUAUCCAUUGGCAUUAGUUAGAACUCGAUUACAAGCACAAGUAAUUAAAACCGGUACAUUGAUACAAAAAGAUAGCACAAUGACAAUGGGAGGAGUUUUCAAACACAUUGUAAGAACGGAAGGAUUUUCGGGUCUAUAUCGGGGAAUAACACCCAAUUUCAUCAAGGUAUUACCAGCUGUAUCAAUCAGUUAUGUCGUUUAUGAAAAUGCCAGCCGUGCAUUGGGAGUUAAUAUGACGUGAUAACAUUAUAAGCUCGUUAAUGCGCAUCACAUGUGAACCUCUUCUGCUAUUCACAUUUUUUUGGAAACUUCCGUUCAUUUCAGUCAUAUCGCCUAUUUCAAUUUAUUAAAAAAAAAAAUAUAAAAACUUGCAAACGUUUAAAAUCUCCAGAAGACAAACAACUGCUAUUAUGCUAUUAUACAUCACAGAAACCUUCCAAGACUUAAUGGAAUGAAAUGAUAGAGAAAGAAAGAUAGAGAGAAAAAGGAAUAGAAAAUAUGACGGUCAUAGAUUUAUUUGCUGAGUGUUAGUGACGCAUGUCUGGAAUACAUUGUGUAUACACCGCAGUCAGAAAAUUUUUACGGGAUGGACUUUAGAAUUAUGCUGAAUUCAUGAUUAAACCAGGGACCGGGUCGUAUAAAUGCAGACGCAACAUAUCUGUCGCUGUUCGCUUUGUGCUGCGCUCAUUAAAUACAAUGUAUGUGCUAGCGUCUCUCAAUACACGGUCACAUACACACACGAACAUGUAUUCGCAUGCUUCAUACAUAGCGAACAGUGAUGGAUAUGUUGCGUCUGCGUUUAUACUAGUAUAAAAUUAUAUGCGACCCUGCCCCUGGAUUAAACACACGAAUGUUGGCGACAUUGAUUCUUUUUACCAAGAUUCAAUUGAUUUUAAUUAUGACUUUGUUUGAAAAGGGAAAAAAAAGAAAAUGUGUCAUUCUUUGAUGAGAAAAAUAAGUGAACCGCGCUUCCAUCUCCUACGUAGCGUUAUCGAUAACUCACAAUUAACAUUGGCUAAAUCUAGACUACUAAUAUAGAAAAUCAGAUCUGAAAAUUGUUUUUUUUUCAUUAGUCAUUUUAAAAAAAUUACCGAAUUUAAUUAUUUAUUGUGUAUUUAAAAAAAAGCAAUGAAACUUCAAGAAAUCAAACGGACAAUCUCCGUUAAGUUUACUAGAGUCACCAUUUUUCUUGCUAUGAUAAUUGUGAGUUCAUACUGCCAUAUAACGGAAAUCAUUCGACUAGUUGUCGUUGCGUGUGUAUACUGUAUAUUUUGUUUUGAAAAUAAUCGUUUAUCGAAAAAGAUUGCUGGCCAAACUUUUAUCAGAUUAUUUUGGUUAUUACCAAUCAUCAUUUUUUUAGUUGAUUUGUC